CUGCACCGUCGGGGCCUGGCGCGGGGAGGGCGGCGCUAGGACCCCCGCGGAGCUCCACAUCUUGGCGGGCGGCGCUAGGACCCUUGCGGCUGUCUCCAUCUCGGGCGGGCGGCGCUAGGACCCUGCGUUGGUCCUCGGUUCCGGCCCAGGCGGCAGCCGCAUCAGCAUCACCGGUACCGGCAUCACCGGCAUCACCGGCACCGGCAUCACCGGUACCGGCACCGAUAGCAGCGGCAUCGCGGCGCACUGCGGAGCGGAGCGAGCCGCGAUGUGAGCCCGGGGCAGCGGUGGAACCGGACCUCCCCCUGCCCGCAACGUCCCGCAUCCCCUGCGGGGCCCGAGGAGGAGAUGACGCCCCCCCCGCGCCGUGCGCUGCCCGCCGCAGAUGAGACCCCUCGACCAAGUGCUCGCGGGACACUGGCGGUCGCAGUGCACUGAGGCCGGCACAAAGACAUGAGUGGCAGCACGAGCCAUCGCGCCGCCGCCCUGGGGGUCCUCUUUGCCCUGAUCAUGUUGCUGAUCAUCUACAGCUCCGGCAAUGGGAGCGAGGUGUUCCCCUACAGCCGCCUGCGGGGCAGAGCCCGCCGGCCCCCCGACCUCAAGAAGUGGGGGGUGAAAAGCGGGUACCUGCCCGUGUGUGGGAACAAGACCCUCACUGCCCGCUGCCACCAGUGCGUCAUCGUCACCAGCUCCAGCCACCUCCUGGGUACCCGCCUGGGCACGGCCAUCGAUGGGGCCGAAUGCACCAUCCGCAUGAACGACGCUCCCACCACCGGCUACGAGGCCGACGUGGGCAACAAGACCACCUUCCGCGUGGUGGCCCACUCCAGCCUCUACCGCGUGCUCAAGCGGCCCCAGGAGUUCGUCAACAAGACCCCCGAGACCAUCUUCAUCUUCUGGGGGCCGCCCGCCAAGAUGCAGAAGAGCCUCCUGAAGAUCAUCCAGCGCAUCAGCACCUCCUUCCCCAACAUGACGGCCUACGUGGUCUCCCCCGGCCGCAUGAAGCAGUUCGAUGAGCUGUUCCGGGGGGAGACAGGGAAGGACAGGGAGAAGUCGCGGUCGUGGCUGAGCACGGGCUGGUUCACCAUGGUGAUCGCGGUGGAGCUCUGCGAUGCCGUCCAUGUCUACGGCAUGGUGCCACCCAACUACUGCGGCCGCCGGCCCCCGCCGCGCCGCCUGCCCUACCACUACUAUGAGCCGAAGGGCCCCGAUGAGUGCACGACCUACAUCCACAACGAGCGGAGCCGCAAGGGCAACCACCACCGCUUCAUCACCGAGAAGAGGGUCUUCUCCAGCUGGGCCGGCCUCUACAACAUCACCUUCUCCCACCCCACGUGGCCCUAGGGGCUGCCUCUGGAGCUGGGAUGGAUGAGGGUUCCCCUGCAUCCCGUUUGGAGCAGUUGGAGCCAGGCAUUGGGUGCCUCUUACGGGACCAUUGCCUCUGUUCACAGUGGCUCCUCGCACUGGGAUGUGUUGGGGUUUGAGCUGGGUUUUGGGGUGAGUGCGGGGUUUGGGGUGUUCCCCCCCCCAUGGACAUGGAGGUGAGAUCCUGCCUGGUCCUGUGAGAACACAGGAGGGGUUUGAGGUCCCUUUGGGGCUGCAUCACUUUAGGGGCCACCACAGAGACUGUUUCAAGGGGGAUUGGGACCCUCUUGAUGCUCAGCCCCUCUCUGCCACCCCCAUCACCCCAAUCCUGUUCCACCACAUCCUCCCCUCAGCAGCACCCCGCAGUUUUCAAUGGGACCCUGUGGGGGUGACACUGCCACCAUGGGUGCCCCAGCACCCCACAGCCACCCUCCAGAACUGCUGCGCCCCACACUGCCAAAACCUUUUCUAUUGGAGCAAUGGGAUUUGGGGGGGGGGGGGGUUGUGUUUUGUUCCUCCUCAUCCCAGGGUUUGUAUUUGGGGUUCCCGGCCAAAGGAGUGAGCAGGGUCCUCAUUGUUUAAUAACCCUUUGGAAGUGGCACAGGGUGCAGCACCCUCAGCACCCCCAGCCAGAGGAGGAUUUGUUCAUUUCCCAUCAGCAGAGCACUGAGUGGAAAGCAGCUCAAUGCAGCGAGCUUGGGUGCUGUGCUCUAUGCCCCGGGUUCCCCUUGGCUGUGCCCCAUCUGCGCUGGGGCUUUGACGGAUGCGGUGCCAGGGGAAGCCGUGGGGCACCCGUGUUUUAUAGGGGUUUGUACAGGAAUAAACAUCGCUGCAGUCUCUUGCCUUGGG